UACACUUUAAUAACGAAAGUGAAAGUAAAGGUUAUUCCAAGGAGUCCGUGGUCAUUCGGAGAAAUACAAGUAUUUCAACCAAGUUGUAAUACAUCCUGUAUGUGAUUAUAAACAGAUAACCCCACAAAGGUUUGCAAGUAUAUAUUAGUGAAAACAGUGGAAUAAAUAACUCUUACCAGUUACUAUGGAUACUCCGAUAUAUUUCUAUCAUAAUACAUCACAUACAUCUGAAACUGCGAUAAGAGAAGAUGAUAUCUUGGAGCCACAGGUUUAUAAUCCUCCUCAAAAUUGGAUGAGAUUAGUAAGUCAUCCAGUACAUGUACCAGACGGGGUGUUUUUCUGUGCCACACUCUACUUUGGGGAUCUCCCAACUAUUUCACCAUAUGGCGAGAGACGAGUGAGGAUUCCUAUCGAUGAUGUCUUGCGACAACUCGGGGGGAACGUUAAACUGUAUUCAGGGGAACCAACUCAAGCUGGAAACAACACUUAUGUCAGGAUGAUGCUUGUGAAAGAAGAUGACGACUUUGAUGUAUUACAGCAUAUGAAGCAAGAAAAUAUAGCCAGUAAUCAGUGGUUAAGACUGGCUGGAGGAUACCAAGUUGCAUGUAGACCAACAUGGGUGUACAUCUAUGUUCCCUAUCCAAUUAGUGUCAAAGGCUGUUCUUGGGAUACAGUGAAACUGAUCUAGUGGUGGAUUACCUAAAGGUGCCCCUACCAUCAUCAAAGGGAUUUUAUCUGACGAAACAUUUCUACAAAUCUUAACAUCACUGAAAUAGUAUGAUUGAUUUGAACUAUAUAUUCAAAUUUUAGAUGGGGUCUCUCAUGUGUACUAAUAAGGUGUCUAUAUGAAAAAAAGGAUAAAGUACAUAAGUAUGCCAGUAUUACACAUGGAAUUGCUUCAACGUAAUUGAAUGGAUUUGAUCCAUUCUCAGAGUCAUGAUAGUUCAAAAAAGGAAAAUUGAAAAUUCAUUUUCAUUACCAGGUAUAUGCUUCUGUACGUCUUAUAACACUACAAUGAUUACCAUCUAUGUAAAACACUGUAUUAAUGCUGUUAUCAUGAUCAAUUAUUAUAAAACUUUUGUUGUUUAAUAAUCAAGUUACAGAGACUGCCAUAUUUCAAAUUGACUUAGCUUAAACAAUCAUUGGAACUAAAAUUUACUUAUUUUUUAUAUUUUAAAAAUAGUUUUUCUGUUAUUGAAACAUGAAUUUUGAUUCAAAUUUUUCUUAGUCUAGAUUUUUACCUAUAUUAUUUUUACUGUAUAUUUUGGAGCAAUACCUAUCUGCUUUGCUUUUGCCAGCUGUGAUCUUUUGCACAUAUGUGUUGAAUUUAGUCUUCUUGCAACAUGUUUAGCAAUUGUAAAUGUUGUCAAUUUAAUUUAUUUUACCAAUUUACAAGUAUCAUUUUUCAGAUUUAUCAAAUACACAAUUUAUACACAAUAAACUUAAUGUUCAUAUAUAGUCAUUG